AUUUUUUGAAGAAUUUAUGGCCUUUCUCGAUCCCAAGGAAGAACACGUGUUUCAUCACUAAUAUAACUCAUCGUCAUCACUUCGCAUCUCACAAUAAAUAAUGAUUAAUUAAAACCCGUGUCAGUCGAGGGAGUGCCUGCAACAUUGAACAGUUACCAAUCUAGUGUUCAUCUAAACUAGUGUUCAUUUUGUUUGUUUAUUUAACAGUUUUGCUGUUAUUUUUUUAAAUUGUUUUUCGUUAUUUAUACGUCCAGUUGAUUUAUUCGCGGAGUAUGGAGACUAGGAUAUUGAGUAGUUGUGUUGAUGUGCCACUGACAGGAGAUACUCUCGACGAAAUUGUUGACAAGGCCAAGGAUUUUGCGCUGAUAAAUGGUGUGUGCAUGCACUGGAAGCAAAAUUUCGACAGAAAUCGAGUGCAGAUAGCCAAGUUCACAUUACUCCCAACGACAUUCCCCACUAAUGAGUUCUCCAAGGCCCAAGACAUACAGUUUAUCGUCAAUAAGUUGAUUCACAAAGUGGCCUAUGAUCAUGAGUUCCUCGUGGAGGCAUUGAAAAGUACAAUUGAAACGGAUGAACUGACCUCAGAAUUGUUUAAAAUAUAUAAAGCUGUUUAUGAUGAAGGCCUAGCUCAGAAAAUCAGUGUGGGACUUUUACGAUCUGAUUACAUAUUGGAUAGUGACUCAAAGAUAAAACAAGUGGAAGUAAACACAAUUGCAUCGAGUUUUGCUGGGUUAUCUGAAGUUGUCACACAGUUGCAUAAAUAUAUUCUCGGAGAACUAGGGUUCACUGAUAAAACUGUCAAUCUUCCAGAAAACCAUUCAGCGACUGGUCUUGCUGAGGGACUGGUCGAUGCCUGGAGUGUUUACAAGAACGAAGAGGCUGUGAUUUUAUUCGUUGUUGAAGAAAUAACGUACAACAUUUCUGACCAGAAGGCUCUUGAAAUAGCCAUUCGCCAGAAAAAUCCUAAAAUCAGGGUGAUUCGAAAGAGUUUUAGAUAUUUAAUUGACAAUGCACAGUUGCGACCUAAUAAAGAGCUGAUUGUGGGAAAUGAUUUAGUGUCAGUUGUGUAUUAUCGAACGGGAUACGAAACAUCUGCCUACCCCACAGACAAAGAAUGGGAGGUGAGAUUGCUGAUCGAACGCUCUCGUGCCAUCAAAUGUCCCUCCAUACAGUACCACCUAGCUGGUACAAAAAAAGUCCAGCAAGUUUUAUCGCAACCUGGAGUUUUGAGAAAAUUUCUCAGUGAAAAUGAAGCUGCAAAACUUCAGGACGCGUUUGUGGGACUUUAUUCCCUCGAUUUCGAUAAACAUGGAGAGCACGCAGUGGAGAUGGGGAUCUCCAGCCCCGAAAAAUACGUCCUAAAACCACAGCGUGAAGGCGGCGGUAACAAUGUCUACGGAAUCAACGUGAAGACAAAAUUAGAAUCGAUGAGGAACUCGAAGGAGCGAAUUGCCUGGAUCCUCAUGGAAUUGAUCAGAACUCCACUCCAGAGGAACUACCUCAUAUCCCCUGACCUUCCGAGGCCGUCUCUCCAGGAUUUUGCCUCUGAACUGGGGAUCUACGGAGUCAUCCUUGGAGAUGACAAUGACAUCAAGGUAAACAGACAAGUUGGCCACGUGAUACGGACGAAGCCUUUUGGGGAGAACGAAGGCGGAAUAAUUGCUGGGGCAGGGGCCCUCGACACCCCCUAUCUACAGCCCUAAGCCCUGUAUGUUUAAUUUUCAAUUGAGAAUUAAAUCAAAAUAUUUUUAUUAAAUAAAUGACGAACCCGAGUUGAGUGCUGAUCUCUGUUGUUGGCAAACUCGAAUAGAUGAAGGAGGAAAAAAAAUAAACAAAAAAUAAUAAUAAUUAAUAAUAAAAAAUAAUAUUAUUAUUAAUAUUAUUAUCAAUUAUUAAUAAUAAUUUGUUCAAUAGUCGUUGCACUAAAUCUCAUCUUUCAGAGUGAAAAUUUAAUUUAAGAAAAAAUGGAUGAAAACGAAAUUAGACGAAAAGCAAUUGGACGAAUAAAAAAAUCAAUUUUUUUUAAUACUUGUAAUUUGGAUAAACAUCCUUAAAAAGUGCCUGAGUCAAACGACUCAAUCUCCCCCUUGCCCUCUCCCAACAACAACUCACACGAUCUCUCAGUAAAAACUCUUUGUAUUUACUUAUCUAAACUUACAUAAUUUUGGUAGAUAAAAUAUACAAUUGAAGUGCGAAAUUUC